AUGUCUGGCAAGACAGCUAGCACAACCAACAACAUAGCCCAGGCCCGGAGGACUGUCCAGCAGUUAAGAAUAGAAGCCUCAAUAGAAAGAAUAAAGGUGUCAAAAGCAUCAGCAGACCUCAUGCUCUACUGCGAAGAACACGCCAAGAAGGAUCCUUUG